AAUGGACGACUGUCGCGAUGGGAUCGUCACAUGCGUCACUCAGGCUGCUUAUCCCUGGGAGCAAAGGAGAAGCUUAUACUUAGCCUCAAGCUCGCAGGCAUAGCUGCAUACAGCCAUCUCCAUGGCUGAUUCUGCGCCUGCACUUCAGCUGAAAGCUGAAGGCAAUUCACUGUUCGCAAGUGGCGAUCACUACUCUGCGUGGCUCAAGUACGGGCAAGCCAUCUCGCACGAUGAUCAGAACGCGAUCCUAUAUGCCAAUCGCGCAGCGGCCUUGAUCCACUUGGGCAUGUUCCCGGAGGCAAAAUCUGAUGCGCAGAAGGGUCUGCGAGAAUAUGAGAAGAGUGCCGGAUAUUUUAAGAAAGCAAUAGCUUCCAUGCCGACUCGGAAGGAAGAUCUCACUGCCGCGAUCUUGAAGCAGAAGGAGCAGUGGGAGGUUGAAAUGAAGACCGCGCAGGACCAUGCAGCGAAACUCUCUGCGGAGAUCAGGGAGAUGGGAGGCAGGUGGCCUGCGGAUCGUGCGAAAGCGAUGAAACAAGAGCUUCAGGCUCGUUUGCCUGAGAGUGCAAGCAGCAGCGCCUGGGUUCUGUUGCGAGCUUCCGAGUUCUGGGACAGGGGCAUUUUUUCUCUAGCGCAAUUCAGGAAGCGGCCAACGAUCCGCGGAAUAGAAAUGUUGAUCUGUAACGACGUCGUGGCCUGUCUCACGAACGCCAUACUCAUCGAUGAUCGUGUUUUCGACGUGCGCACGCCACAAAUGCCAGUGAUAGACAAGUGGCCUCUGCAAGUGGCAAUGGAGGAGGAGGCCACUGGCGCAUGGAAUGACGACGUCCCGGCGCACGAAGUCAAAAGAGAAGCAUUGAUACGUCAACAACAGGGAGGCUGGGAUUCAGUUCGCCGUUCGAUUGAUACCACUAUCCGCAUUAGGAUCAUGCGAGGGUAUCUCGCUACGCGCACCCAGAAAGGCCCACAAGAGGCCCUCACUCACUAUAACGCGGCACUGGAAUUACUUGAAUGGGGACGGACGGGCCCAUGGAAAGAUGUCCCUCGCGAAGACAAAGGCGAGAUCUUCGAGAUACAUUGGGUGAGGGGCCUUCGUAAGCUGAGGCUAGCAGCAAUGAGGGAUGCAUGCCGACUCGGAGUGGAUCCCACGCAGGAACCACUAGCCCCUUUGCUGCAAGUCGUGUAUGAAGAGGCCCAAAGCAUCAUUCGCGAGAUGCCAGAGAUCGGACAAGCGGCAUUUCCAGGAGGGCACCAGGACUACGGAGAUGUUCGUGGGUUUGUAUCGGCGUUCGGCGUCUAUCCUAAGGCUUACGCAUUGGCCACUGUCGGGUUCUACCACGAAGUCAUGGCAUAUCGAACGAUGGAGAACAAUGCCGCGGCAGCGCUCAAUCAUUACUCCGAGUCGCAGGGGGCUUUUAAUCAAGCGGCCAUGCUAUUCCCUCGGGAUGAUGAACAGCACAUCUGGUAUCUACAUCUUGCGCUACACUCACUGGAAAUGUGUGUAGUAGUCCGAUUCAGGGUUGCCCUCCGCAUCAUGGAGCAGCUCCGACUUGAUUUACCUGACGCGAAGAAGAUCUGGGAAUACCCGAUUGAUACUAGGGAGGCGGGGCAUGGAAAAGUCAUGCGUCAACUGAUAGAGAAGGACUUGCAGUUAGAACGGAAGAUGAGGCAGGACAUAGCGGACGGGAAGUUCACUCUGAACAGUCUUAUACCGCUAAAGUACUUCCACGAGCAAAUGUCAAGUCUAGGAUGACUGUCACCCAGAUUGCCUAGUGUUGUACUUGUACCGUAGUUAUUUCUCUUCAUAUGUUGCUAGCGAUCGAAUUGAACCGCAGAAUUCAACAGAGGCAGAUGAUAUAACUUAC